AUGAGUGCAGCACACACACUGGGGCUUAUUCUAGUCCUGCACACAGGCAGCAGACUGUGUCCACCAUCCUCUCCAUGACCCGCCCAUCCGCCGCCGCUGCCUGAGCCAGGUCAGGUGUUCGUGCUGCAGCUACGUAAGCUCCGUGUUUGGGGAACUGCUUGGAUCUAGUGUGCGGGACAGACCCGGUCGAGGCCAUGCUCAGACGGAUACUUCAGAUGACUCCUGGGAAGGGAGGCUCCCAGAAUGCAGAGUCAGAGCAACCCACCACAGACCUUAACCACGAUCAGACGUCUGAGGGCUUCAUCUGUCCUCAGUGCAUGAAGUCGCACAACUCUGCAGAGGAGCUGUUCAAGCACUACGAGCUGUUCCAUGAUACCGGAGACCUCCCCGCUCACAUGGCCCCCACUCGGGAAGACCUUACAAUGCUGCGGCAAGAAGUUCAGGACCUGCAUACUUCUCUCAAGGAGGAAAGGUGGUUCUCUGGAGAGCUCAAGAAGGAGUUAGAUAAAGUCCAAGGACACCUGAAGCAAAAUGAUGGACAGGUGACCUCAGAGGAUGAAGUCCUUGAAAAGAAGCUGAAUGAAGCAGAGACAGAAAAGUUUAACAUCAAGCAGAUGAAAGACCUGUUUGAGCAGAAGGCUGCACAGCUGGCCACGGAGAUAGUAGAUUUAAAGUCCCGUUAUGAUGAGGAGAAGAGCCUAAAAGAGGCGGCGGACCAGAGGCUGGCCAAUCUGACAGAACAUCUGCAGAAAGAGACGCAGGAGAACGAGGGACUCAAAACAGAACUGCUGCAGCGACCGGGAGUGGAGGACGUGGAGGUCCUGCAGAAGGAGCUUAUACAAGUGCAGACGUUGAUGGACCAAAUGACGCGUGAGAGGGAGGACGAGUCUGACCGCCUCAAAGGCCAAUACGAGCAACUGCAGGCUAAUUACACUACCUCAGAGAUCCGUAAACUGGAGUUGACCAUAUCCCAACUAAAAGCAGAGCUGGAGAAGGGUCCGCAAGAAGCAGCCGUCUACACCCAAGAGAUCCACCAGCUGCAGAGCAAUCUGAAUAAUCUGCAGCAGCAAAGCCAGAGCCUGUCUGAAAAACUGGCACGUAAGGAGAAGGAGCACCAGCAACUGGAGGAGAGUCUGGGAGCUGAGAAAGCUGCCAAGAAGGGAGUCCAGGGCAGCCUGAGGGAAAGAGAGCAGGAGGUCCAAGAGCUCCAGGCUCGGGCCUCCGGGGCUGAGGCCUCUCUGCACAAGACCCAGACAGAGCUUGGAGAGAGAACUGAGGAGGUGACAAAGCUGAAGAGUGAGAUUGGUCAGAUCGAGGUGAAGCAUGCAGAGCUGAAGGUUGAGAGGAAACAGCUCAACCAGCAAAGGGAAGAAAAAGAGAGUCAAGGUGCUCAGCAGCAGACCGAGAUCAGUCAGCUUCACGCCAAACUUCUGGAGGCAGAGCGACAGCUGGGCGAGGUGCAAGGUCGUCUGAAAGAACAGAGGCAACUGUCUGGAGAGAAACUAAAAGACCGCGAGCAGCAGUCAGCCGACCUGCAGCUUAAACUCUCCCGUGCAGAAGAACAGCUGAAGGAAGGUGCCAGUAAGAGCACAGACCUGCAGCACCAGCUAGAGAAAGCCAAGCAGCAGCACCAGGAGCUCCAGGCGCUGCAGCAAAACACAAACGGCAAACUCCGCGAAGCACAGAACGACCUGGAGCAGGUGCUGCGUCAGAUUGGGGAUAAGGACCAGAAGAUCCAGAACCUGGAGGCUCUGCUGCAGAAGGGUAAAGAUAUCGUGAGCCAACUGGAAACCGAAAGAGAAGACUUAUGUGCCAAGAUCCAGGCCGGGGAGGGAGAGACGGCUGUGCUGAACCAGCUGAAAGAGAAAAACCACGCACUACAGGAACAGGUGACGCACUUGACAGACAAACUGAAGAACCAGUCGGAGAGCAACAAGCAAGCCCAGGAUAACCUACACAAGCAGGUCCAGGAGCAGAAGACUCUGCUGCGUUCGGCCCAGGACCGAGCCCACACCCUGGAGACGUCAGUCACCGAGGUCACCACCCAGCUCACAGACAGCAAGGAGAAAGUCGCCCAGCUGGACUCCCAGCUGAAGGCAAAGACAGAAAUGUUGCUGUCUACCGAGGCGGCUAAAGCUGCACAGAAGGCCAACCUGGAAAACAACGUGGAGACUGCUCAGCAUGCACUGCAGGAUAAGCAGCAGGAGCUGAAUAAAGUUCAGAAGAAGGUGGAGGAGCAGGUCCAGAGGCUCAAGGAGAGGCAGGAGCAGUGCACGCAGCUGGAAACGGGUCUUAAAGAAUUCAAAGACAAACUGCUGGCCUCAGAGCAGAGUGUAGAGCAGCUGGAGGGGCUAAAUAAGAAAUUGGAGUCACAGGUCGGGGAGAUGCAGGCUACACGUGAUCAGGCACAGCAAGAAGUUGAGAAGUUGCAGAAGGAAGGGUCAGAGGUUAAACGGAAAGCUAAGGAGCUGCAGCGCUCACUGGAAACAGAGAAAACAGGGGCUACUACGCUACAAGAGGAGUUAAAGAAGCAGGCGGCGGCUUUGAGCGACACCCAGCAGCAGCUGCAGUGUUGUGAGCAGGAUAAAGCUGCUCUGAAGGUGAACCUGGACAAGGUGACACAGGAGGGAAAGACUCAGCAUGCAGAGCUGGACAGAAAAUCUCAGAGUCUGGCAGCAGAGCUACAAAAAGCCCAACAGGAGAAGGAGGCUCAAAGGAAGGAGCUUGGCUCUACUCAGGAGAACCUAGGAAAGGGUAGAAAGGCUCUGAAAGAGAGUCAGAGUCAACUGGACACAGAGAGGAAGAGCCAUAAGGCAGCCAUGGAGGAAAAGGAAACGUCCAACGAGAAGGCCCGACAGGAGCUUCUUAAGAAUAAUGAGAUCAUUACCAAGACAUUGAAAGAAUCUAAAGAACAGUUGGAGCAGAUGAGAGAGGCAGAGAAAAAGCUGAAAGGCCAGCUGAGCUCGGUAGAGAAGCAACAGUCAAAGACUCAGGAGACACUGAAGGAAAAGGAGAAUGAGCUGGAGAAGCUGCGGGCACAGCUGAAGACAGCCCAGGGGUCCUUUGAGGAGGAGAUGAAGAAACUGAGCAGACAAGUGACAGAGUCACAGGAAGUCAAUGCCAAGAAAGCAGAGGAGGAGAGUCAGCUGAGGGCCCAGGUGUCGGCGGUCGGCCAGGAGCUGACCUCUGAGAAGAGCCAAGUGGCCGAGCUGCAGAAGAGCUUGGUGCAAAGUCAGGAAGGUCUGACUAAGCUUCAGUCCGACUUCUAUGGCAAAGAGUCUGAGGUCUCCUCUCUACGUCAAGACCUCAAGGCGUCAGAAGACAAGUUGGGUGUAGCCCAGGAGGAGCUGGCUGCUAACCGAACCCAUCAGACCGGUUUGGAGGCUCAGAUCCAGGAGCUGAAGACGAGUCGCGGCUCGUUGGAGCAGGAGCUCACCAAACAGGAGCAGAGGCGCCACCAGCAGGAGCAAACACUAAAGGAGCUACAGAAGCAACAGAAUCACACGAAGGAGGAGCUGGAGAAGGAGAAGAGCAAAGUGGAGGAGCUGAACAAAGCCAAGAGUGUCCUGGAAAAGAGUAACAGCAAGUUAACAUCCGAGUUGAAAGCACUAACAGAGAAGAGUGAAAAGGAGCUGGGGGAGCUGCGAGAAGCCAAACAACUGUUGAUCCAGCAGAAACUGGAGUUGCAAGGUCAGGUGGAGGCGGCACAGGGAGCACUGGAGCAAGAGCAGAAAAAGCAUCAGGCCACCACGGACAGCAGGAGCCACAGGGAGGAGCAGCUCCUCACCAAAACCAACGCUGUCCAGGAUCAGCUGGCUGCAGAGAAGCGAGCCAGAGGGGAGCAGGUGAAGCUCAGAGAGGAGGCUGAAGCCAAGCUGGGCGUGCAGGUGACGGCGCUGAAUGAAAACGUGGCCACGCUGAAGAGAGAGUGUCAGGGCAGCCAGAGGAGAGUCGGUGAACUGGAGAAGCAGACGGACGAGCUGAGAGGAGAGAUCGCCGUGCUGGAGGCCACCGUCCAGAACAACCAGGACGAGAGGCGGGCUCUUUUGGAAAGGUGUGUCAAGGGAGAGGGUGAGAUAGAGAAACUGCAGGCCAAGGUGGUAGAGAUGAGGAGGAAGGUGGACGACACGACGGCAGCCAUGCAGGAGCUGGGCAGAGAGAACCAGUCGCUGCAGAUCAAGCAGUCCCAGUCUCUGACCAGGAAGUGGGCCGAGGACCAUGAGGUGCAGAACUGCAUGGCCUGUGGGAAAGGCUUCAGUGUCACUGUCAGGAAGCACCACUGCCGACAUUGUGGGAAUAUUUUCUGCGGCGAGUGUUCAGCGAAGAACGCCCUGACGCCGUCCUCUAAAAAGCCAGUACGGGUGUGUGAGACAUGUUUUGAGGAGCUCCAAUGCUGAUUCCCCUCAUCGGUUCUACCUAACCCCAACACCCCCACCCCCUACCCUUCCCUCCGCUCCGUCCCUCCUCGUACCUACUCCAGCGGGCAGAAGGCGGCGUGUCUUUGUCGUAUUUACUGUGCACUAUAAAAGGACAGACUCCCCACCUGCAUGCGACUUGUGGCUCUGGCGCGGAGGGAAGUGACCGAGGGGAGCCACGUGACGAGAUGGCGUGGGAUUUGGGUCGGGACUGUCUGUAUCUGUUUUUGUGCCUUUGCUCCUCCUGUGGACUGCCAGAGAGCGGAGACAGCGAGAACUAAACGCCAUCCAUCUCUUUUACGUUCGCGUUCACAUCUCCAUCUUUGUUUGGCUUCAUCAGCGCGACUGCGAGGUGGCUGCUCUUGUACAUUGUGAUACGUCUGAAGGCGAGAGAGGUCAGCGUGAGUCUGAGAGAGUGAAUGAGGAAGUAACUAUGGUAACGGUGAUGUUGAAAAUCACUGCUGCCCUACAAAGGUAUAUGCAGGUAACUUUUAUGUCCCAAAAAUAUAAUAUCUGUAAAUGUAAUUAAAAAUACAACUGUAAAGAUUUUCUGUGUAUAACUCAAUAUUCACAUCAAAUUGAUCACUAACUAAAUAAUCAGUUUUUUAUAGUUAAACCCAAGUAAUAUGAUGAUGAAAAUAUUUUUGUAAAAUGUUUCGGUUAAGCGGACAGACUGUAAUUUACAACAGAGUAUUAGAGCCAUUUGAAGAAAAACUAAUCCAGAGAGUUUGAGUUUAAUGUCGUAUUUGUACGAGAAUGAAUUAAAAAAGAAUUAGGAAAGAAGCAGCAAGCAGAACCUGUUCUCCAGAUCUACUCCUUCUGGAUCCAAAGUCUGAAACCGAUCUCAUUGUUUCGUGAGAUUUCAGAUUUGUGUUGCCUCUACGUGCCUCUAAUUCUCUGUUGUAAUAGUUAAUUUGUGAAACGCAGAUUUCAUCUCAUUUGGCAGUAAAAACAAAGUUAACAGUUAGACAGCUGCUGUUAGAAUUUGAGGUUUGUGGACAGGGUUUCAUGUACAUCCAUGUUGUGUACACGCACAUGAGUAAAUGUGGACACUGUACAGUAGUACACAGUGAAAAGGGAGGAAAUGACAGCUUGAGAUUUUUCUCUGAGCAUUUUGUUUUGAUUGAGUCUCGAACAGUAAAAACUGUUUUUUUUUUUUUAAAAAACCUUUUAAAGAAAACACGCCAUCUGUCAGUUUAUGCACCAGCGAUUUUCUGUACAUAACUCGAUGUCAAAUCAGUUCCUGCAUGAUUCCUUUGUGUGGCAGCGCGUUAAUGAACUAGUGGGAAUUAAUUAAUGUAUUUCAUGACCAAAGAAUGUCUGCAGCAGGAAAACCGGCACGACGAAAAGCCCCGAGUUUUGUUUUUCACAUUUCAGUAUUUUUCCCGAAGCGUCUCCUUUGGAAGCUUUUGAGUUUUAAAUCACAGGGUCUGACAUUUUUAUCUUGAACAGAAGAUACGUGACGAUCUGAGAGGCUUUUUUUUGUUUUGUUUUAAAUGUACAGUUGUGUUGUUUUCUACAGAUUGUGGUGCUUUCUGCAGACUCAGUCAUCGAAGGUGUCUGCAUGUUGAUUUUUUUUUUUAAUGUUUUAUUUUCUUGCUGCUUGUUUCAUCCACACAACAGCCCUGACUACUGCUCAAGGGACGUGUGUGUAUGUAUGUGUGUGUGUGAGAGCAAAGGGCUGUAGCUGUGUGUGGCAUCACUGUAACAGAGUACGUGUGUGUGUUAGUUUUUAGGCCUGCUUGUGCUCGUCUGCUCACAUGCAUCGUGCGAAUGUCGGCCGUUGGGACGUCUGUGCUGCAUUCAGGUGCAGUGGCCACCGUCUGCUCUCUGUCCAACAUGCCUGCAGCUGAGAACACUGUAAAAGCUCCUUCCUGCUUUGUUUAAUUUAUAUGUGUUGACAGAUGUCGGUAAGAUCUUUUUGUGCAAUUGUCUACAGACCGGAGUGGACGACAACACUGAAAGCCCGGCGACAACGCAGGUUGUUCUGGUUCUGUUAUUUUGCAACAUGCCGCUUGUUUCAGACUCAGGUUGAACCGAAUUUAGAUCGAUACGCUUUUCCAUCUCAGUUGCAAACUCUCAGAAACACCUGCCUCUUUCUUUGCGUCGCCUCACUUUUGUUUCGUCUACCUCAGAUUGGCACAGGAACAGCACUAUUUCUACACCUGAGAUGUCACAGAUGUUGUAUACUCGCCCGCGUUUGAGGAAUUUGAUUCAUCAACUUGUACAGUCCGGAAAACCUCUAGAGAUAAUUUGCACCUUACUCUGCUCUGGGCUCGUCCGUACGAGAACCCAGCCACAAACGUUAGGACUUUAUUCAGGCUUCAGCGUUUCUAACCCCCGCGAUGUACUUUAACCUGCUCAUUAAUACAAAGUCUGUCAUAAUUAUCUUUGUAAAUGUUUGUAAUGAAAGAGAAAAAAGGAAAAUUAUAACACACAUGGAUGUAGAAACAUGAAACUGUGGCUUCAUCAGUGUCUUACUCAUUUUCUACUAAACGGCAUCACAGACAUAUAUACACACACACACACACUGAAUAGUGGCCUGCUUCGUGUUGCUGUCAGUUAUCGUGCAUGAUGACUUAACUGGCCUGUGGCUCACACUUAAUGUUGUCUCCAUGUUUAGACUCAUAUCUGGUGGUUGCGAGGUUUUGCCUUAGGCCCACGACUCGCCGCACGUGGCCGCUCGCUGCUGGCGGUGACGUGCGGCGAGCGAUACCAGAGUCAGGGGUCGAGAGGAAUCAUGUAAUUUAUGUUCACAUGCACCAGUUGAUUUUGUAAUAUGUCAUGACAUAAAUAAAACCUACAGUAUGUUUCUA